AUGCAGCUGAGAUCCAGCAUCACCAUCCCUACUCGUCUUGAGGACGAGGAGCCUGCGACUCCAAAAAACCGCAAUGGCACCAAACCCGCACACCCUGGUUUGAUGAGAGCCAACACUACCCCCUUCAACCCUGACAAUCCUCCAGCCGCCUUUCCUUCUCUCCCACUGACAUCAAUGGCAAUGUCUGUGGAAAACAAAAAUGUAUCUGAAGCGGCGACUACUGGUGACAACGUGACAGAGAACUCCAUCCCUAACGAAGGCAGCCUCGCCGGCGUUACUUCGGCCAUUCAUCGACAGGAAGAUUCUCAGGUUCAGACAAGCCAGAUCGGUGUGAAAGUCGAGCAAGACGAGACUCAGCAAGACCAGACUCACAAGAAAGUGACUCAGAACGACGGAUCAGCUGACAAUGCCAUGGCGCGGGCAAUAACUAACCAAGACAAAGCGACAGUCGCGACAUCCUCAACCACUACCACUCAGACUGUCAGCAUUGAUGCCCAGACUGUCGAGUAUGUUUCGACCCCCAGCGAGCACAUAUCCAGCAGCGGUGUGGCGCAGGCAAUUGGGAACCAAGAUGCGGCAGCAACCGCGAUGUCAACAAGCAAUGGCCCUCGCGUGGUGCAGCAAGUCAAAUGGAACGAAUUGCCUCUUUCAAUGCAGUACCACAUCUACAAAGCUAUGAAAGAAUAUCCUGUGCACCCCGGAUACAUAAGUCGAGCCUUGGGCAUGAAUGCGACUCAAAUUGCUCAGAUCGAGCAUGCUGUUGGCUUGCGAGCUAUCCAUCCAGCUUCGCUCGUAGACCUCUGGGCUUUCUGCGCAAGCAUCAGCAUGCCCAUCCCAGGCAUCCGGCCGGACAUGCAGGACUCCCAGAUCAUUGACCCCGACAUCUUCCAAGAGUACGCCGAGUACUUCACCUUCGUCUGCAAGUACGACUGGGCCUUCGAUGGUGAAGUCCGCCUUGCCAGAAAGUUCUUGAUGGAUCAUAACCUCUCACUCGCCUUUAUGGGACAAUGGGUGCUAGAUCCGCAUGGCAGCGGAUAUCGUCAAUUUGUCCCUUAUGUGCCAAGCACGCGCACGACUCCAUUGGCAAACGCCUGGCGACCAUUGUAUGGUGCAGUGCAGAAUGCGGCUAUGCGUCAGUUCCGCCCACGACCUGGACUCCUUCAUGGUAUUAUGCCGAGCGGUAGAGCAGUUGCAGCGAGAAAUGCUCGUCGCCACCCAGCCUUGCAUGGUCGGCCGGCCCUCCCUUCUGAUCCAGCCGCUUCAGCUGCUCGAGCAUUGGUCGAUCAGAGAACUGAGCGAGCAGGACGACAACGUCAUCCCCUUGCCCAGGUCUCUACGCCUGGCGAGUCAAGCACUCCUCCUCAGACUGGACAGCAGAGCGCACAAGACAUCGUCCAACCAGUGCCUACAGGAGCCAGAAACCCUGCUUCUCGACGAAACCCACGAUCCCACUUGAGUUCCCAAGAUACGCCUUCUGCACUGGGCCAGCCAAUCGCAAAACCCUCCGGCAAGACAGACUCUCAUCAAGAUCUGCCAUCAAGCAUGAAGCCAAAGAAUGCGCUGCAGCGUGCUAGAGGUAGCCGCGCUCAACAGAACGGUCAUGAGAAGAGAGGAGAUGAGACCGUGCAAAAUCAAUCGACCUCAACCCCUGCGCCGGCCUCUCUGCGCUUGGUUCUCAAGAUCGACAACAAAGAUGGCUUGGCUCAAGUGCUUCGAAACGCGCCGCCAAAGGCAGCUAAUCCCACGAUCUCUGCGGAUCCCUUCAAGAGUACAGCGAUGUCCGAUGUAGCCCAGAACGGUAGCGUCCAUGCCCCUCAGACUGUUUCUUCUAGAGCCCUGCCGUUCUCUACCACGAUGUCCGGCUUCAGUCGCGGUCUGGUCAUGGGACUUCCCUCGACCUCGGCUGCUGCCAGCGCAGCUGACAGCGUCUUCGCUAUCCCUGCAGCUCGUGCUCCGACUAACCAUGUUGACAAUCUUCACCGUCUGGUCAAGGCCGCUCCCGACCAUCCAAAGCGAAAAUCAUCCCAGUCGGAGAUUCGUCCGGGUGCUCGCAAGGCUCCUCGCGUGGAGGUCGCUGAUACUCACGCGACACAUGCACAUGGGCUCGUGUCUGCUGGCAUUGACAGUAUGGAUCGUCUUCAUACCGAAACAGAUAAGGCCCACGAAUCUGGGAAUGGUCCGAAGAACAUUACUAGAGGGGAUAUUACUCCAACCCAGGCGACAAAUAUGUUCUCGGACAUUGGAGCUGGCGAACUUAGCGGUGACUUUGCCAACAACUAUCUCCCGAAAGGCGUAAUAGCUCACCGACCGCUACCAUCUCCCACUUUCUCUGCCAUUUCCGAGAAUGCAGAUCUACCAGAGUUCCGAGCGCUUCUCCGACCAGUCAAGCACCGCCUGCGUGGCAAAGUCCCAGCCUUUGGCACCGUGGACACUCCCAAGGGAGGAGACAUUGCCGUGUCGACACCUUUGACCCCAGUUGCAGAACUGCAUCUCCUUCAGAAUAUCCCUACACCUGAAGCCAGUGGGACGGGUGAAACUAACCACGAGGAUACCAGCGAGGAGAGCAGCAUCGCGACAGGGACCAGCAAGAAGACCAAGAACAAGACACAGAAGCUCAAGCUCAUCGUCGGUCCACGCAGCAAAACUCCUACCUCUUUCUCUUCCGGCCGAGACUCAGCAUCUGUCCAUGGCAGUGGCUUCAGCAUGGGCACUAUCAUGAUUGCUCAACCACCCACUUCUGCCAUCGGGCUCUCUGCUACGCCUGAGUCCAUCGAGGAGAAGGCAGUCAAGCUGCGAAGGUCGGCUAGAUUGGCCAGAAAGCUCGUGGUGAACGCCGAGAAGCGUGAGGAAGAGAUUUGA